UCAAGUUCUGGUCAGGGUGUAAUCGGUUCAUUUCACUGUGUAUAUUGUGUUCCGGUGUUGAUUGGUGUGGACUUGUUGCGGCUGUUGGUCGCAGACUGGGGAACACGCGGGCUUCAUGGCGGAUGAGUUUUAUUAAAUAGUUUUGUGUUUUGACUGUUGUAUAAUGCCGCUGGUGGCUGGAGACAGCGGUGUGUUUGAGGCGGUUCAGAGGGGAGAUGGGGAACAAGUGGCGCUGCUAAUGGAACUGGACCGGAGCAUCCUGACACAGAGAGGGUGGGGUGGAUUUACUGCCCUUCAUUUUGCAGCUCUUCAUGGGAAUCUGCCGAUAGCUGAUCUCCUCCUGAACGGUGGCGCCAACACCAACAUACCAUGUGAUGCCGGACAAACUCCAUUUCACUUUGCUUGCCGGUAGACAUGGUAACGUCAAGAUCAUGCACAAAAUGUUGCAGCAUGGUGCAGACCUGCGCAUUGUAGAUCAGCAGGGAAAAACAUCACUGCAUCAUGCAGUCAGUGGAGGAAGCAUUGUUGCCAUGCAGUACCUGUGGGAGACGAACAUGUUCCGGUUCUCAGAUGCUGAUAACUCAUUGAUCACUCCACUACACAUGGCAGCGUCCACGGGGAAUACAGAUGUGGUUAAGUACCUGCUACGAAACAACAGAUGUUUGUCAGAUGCAGUUGACCACCAGGGGGCAACAGCGCUACAUGUGGCUGCUGAAAAAGGUGCGAUUGAUGUCUGCUGGCUAAUACUGCGCAGCACAGGACUCCACAUUUUACAUAUGAAGAACCACGCUGGACUUACACCUGUGGAUCUUUGCAGUCGUGGAACAACUUUUAGACAUCAGCAGCUCUCCAAAAUGUUAACACAGUUCAUCAAUAUACCUAGGAAUCAGAAACCCAAAGAAUCGUAUGUGAUGUUCUACUGGAUGCUUUUCUUCCCGAGCAUCAGUGGGGCAGUGGUUCUGCUCAUAGCUGCAGCCCUAGGAGAACAUGGAGGCUUGCUCUGUGGGCUGUUCUUUCCCUUGCUGGCAAAAGUCACCUUGUCUCAGUACCACAGAAUUAGUGACUAUCAGAGGUUACCAAAUCCCGUCUAUCUUGGCACUUUGACUGCAGCCAUAUUUCAUACCUUAGUGUGCUUCUACUAUAGAAUUCUGCCUAAUAUUUGGCCAGCUUAUGCUUUCUUAAAUGUUUCGGUUCUCCAUGUCUCUGUGCUUCUCUGGCUUUUUUGGAAACUUCUAACCCAAGAUCCAGGCCGACUGCAGGCAUCUGAUGCAGAUCCUGGAUUCUCCAGCAUAGCGGACUUGGUGGAGUCUAAUCAGAAUCCCGGACGAUUUUGUAUUUACUGCGAGCUGUUCCAAGUUGCCAGCUGCAAGCACUGUCGUCUGUGUGAUAUUUGUGUCAUGGAUUAUGACCACCACUGCCUUUUCCUAAACCGCUGUGUGGGCCAGAGCAACCACCGUGUCUUCUUACUGUUUGUUCUUGCCAUGAUGGUGGCCCAGCUCUUCUUCGUCAGCACUGCUGUGUAUUACCUUCACUGGAGGUUGGAGGUGGAGGAGAGCUGGAGAUCAGUAGCAAUGAGGGAAGCAUGGGUGCUCUUGCUUCUUGCAAUCAAUGGCUUCGCUUUCCUGUGGGAGACCUGGUUGCUCUCUGAGCAGUUGAGUGCCAUCUCUACUGGAACCACAACGUAUUUCAGACAGUCUCGGCAUAAGAAGUCUUCUUUGAGCAAGCGUGUGUCCACAGUUCUUAUGUUCCUGGUUGAAGGGAAGAAUUUUAGGAGUCAAAAUCAAAAUGCUUUUGAUGUUUAGUUGUCAUACACUUUACAUUAUAUAUAGAUGGUUGCUUUACGAUUUAAUUUUUGUUAGCUUGGAGUUUAAGACAUUUGACUCUGGAUCAGGUCACACGUUUAUACCCCAUAUCACCGAGCAACUGUUUGUUCCUUUGCAGGAACUUAACCCUCACCUGCUCAGAGGUAUAAUGAGAUAAAUGUAAGUCGCUCUAAAUAAGGGUGUCUGCCAAAUGCCAUAAAUAUUAUUGGUGCAGUGCUUUUUUUUUUUUUUUUAAAUAACUUGAACCAGUAUCACUGUGUGCUUCUUAAAGUGCUUCUUAAUCGUGUCAAUGUUCAGUACAGCAAAGUUUUCAUGUUGGACAAAUAAUUAGAAAUUUUUAAUCCUUU